UAGAUGCUUAUUAUUUUGCGUUAAAGAAUAACACCCAGCUGACAUUUACCUGGCAUGUGUUGUUGAAGUUUUCUAUCUAUAACCAAGCGUUUCCUGAUUAUCAAUUGAUUACGAUAUACAACCAGAAGAUGAUUAAUGUAGUAUGAAGGCCAGUAGAUACCAUGGAUGAGCGUGAAAAGAUUUAUGUGACUCCUUCUACAAUGGAAGGACUGUCACCCUCGAUAUCCAUGUUGAGGCAAAUAUCCGGUGUGAACCAACGUGCCCAUGCGACGUUCAUGUCUCAGCUGUCGUCACAUUUGAGCGACAAGGCGUCUGGAACCCCAAUGGCCAUGAGAUACGCUAAUAAGGAUUACCGAGAUCUACACCUAUACGAUAAUAAUGAGGGUACUAUCAUCGCAGAAAGCCCCAAUGUUAAUACAUCAAAAGAGCGUUCAAUGGUAGAAGCAUCUAAAACACCAAAAAGCUUCAAAAAUGGAGGUGCUGAUUCCGAUAGUUUCUGUAUAAAGACACCGACAGCACACUUAUCCUCCAGGAGCCUGCUUAGCAAAUGUAUGACAGCGUGCUCAUCAUUGAGGUUCAACCCAGAAUCGCUAGUAUCAUUGCCAUUUGGAUAUUGCAAUAAUACAUUUGUUAAAAUAAAGGCACAUGAUGUAUUUGAUCCGCGAAUAGGGAAAAAGAGGAAUAGAUAUGACCAUAACUAUGCAGAUAAUAACACCACGAACAUUCCUGCAAACAGGCGAGCCUCAAAAUUGGUGGCAGAUUCGGAACAGGUGGCAAUACACAAUGAUUAUGCAAUCAACCCAUAUAAAAGACGCUAUCAGUGUGCCUUAAAGGAGAGGAAGCGCCUGGAAAGGCUUGAUCUGGUCACUAAUCCCGAUCUGGAGCAACAUACCAAACGAACGCAGGAACAAUACUUGGAUAAACCCACAAAAAGACGCGCUAUUUUACAGCAUACCACAAGUGAAGCGUCAUGUGAUGCAGAAUUUGAACCAAUUGACUAUGUGCUGCCAGCAACCGCGGUUCCAGAAACUGUAGACAGGGAUUAUGCCCCUCUACACUUACCAGAAGAUCAACACGAGAAAUUGCAAGAUCUUUUAAACGUAUCCAAGAAUGUCAAGGCUAAGUUACUGGACAGGAUGAUGGAUAUUGUUAAACUUGGAGGCUCCUUUAAGCAAUGGGCUAGAAAUCACGAGGACUCUUCACCUCCCAUGGGUAAGACUCAAACAAGCUACAAAAAACUAGGGGAGCUUUCAAAUGUUCUCGAGUCUAUGCUAGACCAAACACAAGAAGAAAUAUUGGCACUAAACUACUCCAAGUUGCUUCUAAACUGGAAUGUCAUGGAUCAACGGUUUUCCAUGCAAACAACACAUGAUACAUCGCAAAAUGUAGAUGAUAUGCCAAGUGAAGCUGUUAUUGCGUAUGAUGCAUUGCCAAGUGCUGGGAAUGCGCCAAAUAUGUAUCAUAAUAAACAUGUAAUCACGACGUCCCCCUGCGUCACUUUCAGCGAUGGACUCUCAUGUGUCUUAGGGCAAUGUAGCACAAGUCUACAGUCUUUUGAGGCAAGGAUGUUAACCGAUUGCUAUGCAGCUGCUGGAUGCUACCUGUGGGAGCCGACAUACCGAAACGAGACAAUGAAAAUAUCAGGACAUAACACAGGACUGUUAGACACCAUUAUAACGCAAACGGAUGAGGAAACACUUGCAGGCACAACUAAUGACGCUAACACAAAAGAGGACGUCACUGAUGAUUGCGAAGACAAAGUGAAAGCAGAAUGCUGGUCGAUGGAAACAUCGGAAAGUAAUAUUUUCGUAGGAAAAACGGGACCCUGGACCAGUGACCCAUCGUUUGCUAAACAGAUACUAGAUGAUAACCAAAAAACUAGAUUUAACGCAUUUCUAGGAUUUUUGAAAGAUGUAUGCCAAGUUGCAGUAGCGGAAGUCCGAACACCCAGGCCACACUGGAAGGGAAGCAGUGAGUUUGCGUGUAACAACGAUAUAUGCUGCCUUAAAUGCUGCGUGUGCAAGCAAGUAAACACUGACAGUGCCACAGAGUUGAAGGGCACAAUUCAUGUACUAUCUGAGGAAAGCGAGCCACUGAGAUUCGAGCAGGAAAUCAGCCUAGCUAGAACAGAAUUGCUUGCAUCGCAUGUGGGCAAAUGUAUUUGUUUUUGCAGGUGUAUAACAGACCAGAUACCUUUCGAACGAAUAGUCCAGGAUAAUACCAUUAGCACGUCUAAUUUCAACGAAGGAAUCUUGUGGCAUACAUUUGAGCCCAAUGAGAAACCAAUGGAAUCGGAUAAGCCAAAAUUACCAAAAGAGUCAAUUUUACAAGAACGCUUUACAUUACGAAUCAAAGCAGAGUGCGUACCAGAAUCGUGGAAAGAACGUAGUCCCUUCAUUUGCAGGCUAAAUAUAGUCACAGAGUCAGAUAUGGUAAACAAGGAGCAACUUAACAGUGAUACAUCCGGAAUGAUGGGCUUUGAAAUGCUAAAAACCGGUUCACAAGACACUGGCAGUGGUUUAUAUUCAAAAGGUCCCCUAAACAAAAUUCAUAGAGUAAAGGAUUUUAAAGACCUUACAAGUUUUACUUUAUGGGAUGCCCUAGAACUAAUAUCUAAGGAGCAGGAUGAACUCCAUUCGGUAUUGAGGAAUGAUGAGACCCUAGAAUGUUUCGACCCGUUGGAAAUUGAUACGUCUUGCAUUAGGAAGGAAGUACUGGAACUAAGGAGUGACUACAUUGCUGAAAACGCAUCAUCCUAUGAUUUUGUGGAGGUUGCGCUUUAUUUGCCGUAUGCGCCCACGUGUAUAAUCCCCUGGAGAUUUGAAUCCUUAGACGUUGUGAACAUCGUCACAGACAGGUACAGGCUCAAGCAUCAUGCUAAUGUCACACGCAAAACCUGUACGGUGGAUUACACAGACGACACGAAGUCGACCGAUCUCGUGGAGCACGCAGACAUUUGUGAGGUCAAGACUUUUGAAGAUUCUGUUUCAUUGGACAGCCAAGAAAUGGAUAGCAGCUCAACACCGAACACUGCUCUACCAUUAGAUGACGAUUGUGAUAAUAACAUAUUUGUGACAAGUGAUGGCAACAGUAACGUAACGGAGGUAGUGGAUGAUUCCGGUAUUGGUUGCGUAACCCCAAACAAUAGAAUAUCCAGGUGCCCGGAUGAAUCCACAAACUACGAGGAAUCGAUAGUCCUCUCUUAUUUGUUACAUAAUAUGGUUGUUUUGCCGGCCAGUGUUAUACGGGUGCAAAAUAUGAUGCGUAGGCAUAUCAAAUUGAGGAAUACUGUACUGAAGAUAGAAGUAGCUGCGUGCAAGGCUUACAAAUACAAGUGGCACAAAAAACUAAAACGAUUGAAACCAGGAGCUAAUAAAAUAGAUGUAUUUUCUUGGGGUAUCUUACCUGUAAGGGCAUUAGACAGCCCUGAACAGUUCGUACCUUUACCUGCUGGGUAUAAGCAAAAUGAUAUCAGUUGGCCAUACAAAACCAACAGUAGCCUCUCCCCAUUUGAAAUCAGAGGAUAUGGAAUAGCUGACAUUAAAGACAGAGGCCAAAAGUUCAGCGCGCUGGCGCAAGAUGCUCAAACAAGCAAGCGCAGGGACGAUGCAGAUAUGAAUCAAAUACACGCCACAAGGAAACCCAAUGUUAGCCGAAGGCGUGUAAACACGGAAUCUGAUCCUGUGGAUCACGAUGAAUACGAUGCCAGCAAAGCUACAGCGUGGAUGGCACCAUACUAUAGCAAUCUCACCGGGCCGGGUAUCAGAUGGGCAUAUUCUUGUAUGGAUACACUAAGCGAGCCGAUGAAGCUCAUACCAGAUUACCAAGCGUUGCCUAUAUAUAAGUUAUUGAAGUCUCCAGAUUAUUACUACUACAGUAUGGAACAUUGUAUACAGGUGGAUAGAAACAAUGCACUGCGACCGGAAGUGUUGCUUGAUGAUGAAAUCAUAGUUAGUGCAGGGAAUAUGUGGACGCGUAACGAAUGCCGCAUAUUCAUAGAUAAAUACUUGAUGUAUCCAAAAAAUUUCGCCAAAAUUGCCCAAUGCGUUGAAACUAAGCGUUGUGGUGAUUGCGUGUUAUUUUAUUAUAAAUUCAAGUACAGAUUGAAGCUUAAAGAGCGUUUGGAAGACAUGAAGAUUAAAACAAAAAACAAAAGUGAGAUGUCGAGGUUCCUAAAGCGUGAUAUGCAUGUUAUGCAAGCAUUAGACUGUUUAUUUGACGAUUGUUAUACCGAUAGCAUGAGAGACUACUGCAAGCAGAACAGUACAUUUUUUAGUGCCAUAAGCGAUUCGACCUUGAGUGUAGGGGGAUUGGACACUGAAAAGAACUAUGAAGUUGCAUUAAGAGAGCAUCGCGGAAAUUGGUCACCUUUCGAGGAUAACAUUCAUAUAGCAUUAGACAACCUACAAGAGGGUUACUUCAUGCCCCGUAAGUACAGAUGCCUGGUGACGCGGAAAAAUAUAGAAGUGCCACUCAGUACCAAAACUGGUAAUGAGGAAAUUGCCGUCAAGCGUGGAUGCUUAAUCCUGAAUGGUACUCGUAACUUCGGGUCAAGGAAGCAGGCAAGCGCCCUAGUUACAGCGAUAAAGACGGAUCAUUUUAUGACAUUACGACCUUUAUAUUCCAGGCGUUUUACAGGAAGAUCUAUCUUGGAGUCAACAGCAUUUAAUACGAUUUCACAAUACAAGCCCGUGGCUUUGACCAACGAUAUUAUAAAAAGUAAUCCCUAUAAGAAUGAAAUAAUCGGAGAUCAUCCUGGUACAUCCAGAUUAUACCGGAAAGGAGUGAAACAACUGGAAUAUCAUCAAAUACCUCUAGAAAACGAAGCAUCGCCAUAUAAUGAUUAUGGGCGUUCAGUCACUAUAGAUCAUUUAACGGUUGAAGGUGAUGAUCCAGAACAUCUAACAUCAAUACAGGGGCCAACCAAGCGUGAAAGGACGAGGAGAAGGGGGCUAACAAACCGAGCGUACAGUGAUUAUGAUACUAGCGGUAUAUACAGGAAUUACACUCCCACAUCGUCAAAAGGUGCUACUGCCCAUAUACGUAAAACAAGGGUCAAUGAUAACUCUUAUGCGCAUACAAGUGGGAAACCAUAUGCGACAGAUAUAUCUCAGAAGGAUACGUUCUCCUAUAUUGCAGGACCCAUUGUGAAACAAACUGGCAGAACACAACGGAAGGCGAAGAAGGCAAAACAUAAAUUAAGGAAUCUUAACGAUGAUUAUGAAUAUAUUGAAGAAGAUUGUACUGCUGAGCUGCAGCAACCAAGCAUUGCGUGGUCCGAUGAGGAAAUCUCAGAGUUCGUACGGUUGUACCGUUUGUAUGGUGAGGAUUGGGAUAGUCUCGAGAAGGAAAUGUCCCAAUAUGGUAAAAACAAGGAGCAAAUAAUUAAUUAUUAUAUUACCAGACUUACGAACAAUGCGAUAAAAAGAGACCAUGAUGAGGACCCAAAUCUAGAAGAUGAACGAUACAACCUAAUGGACUUCGACAUUGAAACACAUACGGGGAAAUCAUUGGAUAGUUGUGGUGACAACAUGCUGGAAUAUGACAGUGUAGAUCCAAAGUUCUAGCUAUCUAUGUCAAUAUAGUGAUGGAUAAUAUGCUGUAUUAGAACAGAGUUCUGAGAAAUUGGGUCAUACUGCCAAGUAAAUUACUGAUAGUUUCUCCAAUAUUAGGU